AUGGCCUGGUUCCAGGGAGAGAUGACGAAGUCGUCCAGGGCCGCGAGGUGGACGGAGAAUUCUUUCCCGGCUCUGGCGCUGUGCCGGAAGCCCGACGGGACCCGCAUCGCGCUCCCGGGCGCCAACGGGACGCGCGCGCGCACGCACGGUGAAAGCAUUGGUGCAAAGGCUGGGGCCAUCGGACCGCCCCUCAACGACAGUACACCACUACGCUUCAACCAGGUGAACCCCAAGAGGAAGGACUCCCAGAGCAACUUGAGCUCGAAUUGCGAGGACUCAUCGUCGUGGUAUCGGAAAAAGAGCAAGUACGACUGCGACUACAUGGCGAAGAAGCCCGAGAAAUGCUCCAAGAAGGGCGAGGGCAAGGUCAAAGGAGACGCGGCGUGCCCCGUCGCCUGCGGGACAUGCGACGCGAGCGCUCCGGUGCCCUCACCUACAGGUGGCGUCGAGGGACCGUGCGAGGACUCAUCUUCAUGGUAUUGGAAAAAGAGCAAGUACGACUGCGACUACAUGGCGAAGAAGCCCGAGAAAUGCUCCAAGAAGGGCGAGGGCAAGGUCAAAGGAGACGCGGCGUGCCCCGUCGCCUGCGGGACAUGCGACGCGAGCGCUCCGGUGCCCUCACCUACAGGUGGCGUCGAGGGACCGUGCGAGGACUCAUCUUCAUGGUAUUGGAAAAAGAGCAAGUACGACUGCGACUACAUGGCGAAGAAGCCCGAGAAAUGCUCCAAGAAGGGCGAGGGCAAGGUCAAAGGAGACGCGGCGUGCCCCGUCGCCUGCGGGAUUUGCAGCACCGAACACCGUCGGGUGCUCCGCGGCAACUAA